ACAGAAAAUAGAGAAGAUGAUGAUGAUGACGAUGAAGAAGAUGAAGAUGACGAAGAAGAAGAUGCCGUAGAAGUACUAUCAUUACCAUCAUCCUUAGCACCUUCCUCACAGACCAAUAUUCAAAUUAUAAAUCUGUCUGAUAGCGACGAGGAUGAUGACUCACAUGAUCAUGAACAUCAUCAUGACCAUCAUGAUCAUGAACAAGACUAUGAUAGUGAUGAAGAUAGCGAAUUGGAUACAGUAUCAUUCGAACAAGUGGGGGCCAUUUCACCUGCUUUAGUUGCUGAAACUAGAAAAUAUUUAAAACAAAAUGGAACUCUCAAAUUCUUGGAGAAAUAUUUACCAACUGCAGCUUCUAGUGAAGAUAUUUUAAAAUUAAUCUUAAAAUUAGGAUUCUUUCCAAGAGAUUUGCCACGGUCAUUACAUAAAAAAGAAGAGAAUAACGACAGCAACAGUAAUAAUGAAGAUGUUGAUAAUGAAGAUCUUAUGAGAUUAAUUGGAAUAUUAAAUCGAGCUAUAAUAAAAGUAAAAUCAAUCAGAAAUAGAUUAGAUGAAGUUCAAACCAUUGAAGAUGCGUUGAAACUACUUAAAACUUCCAAAAAGAUUCUUGUCAUUACUGGAGCUGGAAUUUCAACUAGUUUGGGUAUACCUGAUUUCCGGUCAUCUCAAGGGUUUUAUAAUCAAUUACAACAUUUAGGAUUAAGUGACCCUCAAGAAGUAUUUGAUUUACAAUUAUUUUUAACUGAUCCAUCAUUAUUUUAUUCAAUCGCAUAUAUGAUCUUACCCCCCGAAGAAAUUUAUAGUCCCUUACAUUCAUUCAUUAAACUUUUACAAUCAAGAGGGAAAUUAUUACGGAAUUAUACUCAAAAUAUCGAUAAUUUAGAAAGUUAUGCUGGAAUAUCAUCAUCAAAAUUAAUUCAAUGUCAUGGAUCGUUCGCCACAGCCACUUGUAUCACUUGUAAAUAUCAAAUCAAAGGGGAAGUAAUCUUUGAUAAAAUCAGAAAUAAAGAAAUUCCUUAUUGUCCGAAAUGUACCAAAACUAGAAAUCAAUUAUUAAGAGAUGAUGAAGAAGUAUACAUUGCUGAAAGCUUUGGGGUAUUCAAACCAGAUAUAACUUUCUUUGGCGAACCUUUACCCAAGACAUUCCAUGAUAUGAUUAAUGAAGAUUUGCACGAGUGUGAUUUAUUAAUCAGUAUUGGUACUUCAUUAAAAGUUGCUCCUGUGGCGGACAUAGUUGAUAAAGUUCCCCCAGAAGUUCCUCAAAUAUUAAUCAAUAAGGAUCCUAUCGACCAUUGUAAUUUUGAUAUUAGUUUAUUAGGUUAUUGUGAUGAUGUGGCAAGUUAUUUAGCUAAUGAAUUAGGUGAAGGUUGGGAUUUACCUCAUGAGAAAUUUAAUGAGAUUAGAGGGUUGGAUCCUGAAGGUAGUAAUUUAGAGAUUAGUCUUACUGAUGAGGAUCGUAGAGAAUAUGAGAUUGUGAAUUUAAUCACUAGGGAGAAAGAGGAUCUAGAAGCAGCUGCUAUUGCAGCAGAAAUUGCUGUAAACAGUAAUGAUGACGAAGAUGAUGAAGAUGAAGAAGGAGAAAAGCAAGGUAUCGACGAUGGUGAUGAGCAAGACAUCAAACCUGCUGUAGAGAUUAUAGAUUUGGACGUAGAGUCCUGAAUCUUUUAGAUGACUUAUAACACUUUAGCUAUUAGGCUUGGUAUAUAAUAUUUGUAUAGAUUAAAGAUCGCAUAUGGGGCCAAAAAAUGUUGCAUCCUAAAAAAAUAUAAAAAAUAAAAAAAAGUUUUCAAAAUCAGUUUACAGAUAAUAACUAUCGAUUGCAAUUAGAUACAAACAGACGAUAUGCUUC